ACGCAUGCGCAGUGCACCAAUGACACGGAACGGGUAGAGUGAGUUUGUUUUUAUUUUGAAGUCACUUUUUUCUCACCUUUUCCGCGGUUUUGAGCUCUGAUAUGGCGUCGUUAAAGGCCUCGGAGCCGGGGGCGGUGGACACGGCGGAGACGGUGGUUCCUGCGUCCAUAUUUGCCCCAGACCGAGCCGGGGACGGAGCUGAAUCCGAGGAAGAGCGCUCCGAAGGCGGCGAGGAGCCCAACGGGGAGUCCGCGGACGUCCUGGACCUUACCAAUAAAUUCCUCCUGGUGAGUCCGAAUGCCAAACAGUACGAUGCUUUACUGCGACACCUACGUGAGCGGAUCGAGGAGGGCAGUGGAGAGACAAUCUAUGUCAUCGGAAUGGGCUCAGAUGGUGGGGACUAUGGUCUGAAUGCUUUGGACAUGGAGGCGUCUGUUGCCACGGUGCACUCUCUAUGUGAGACCAUCGAUGCAGACCUGGUCUUGCUUCGAGAGAGACCCGAAUCCGGGGGCCAAGUCCGAGACUAUCUAAUCCGUAGGAGGGUCGGGGAGCAGGACUUCCUCGAGGUCCGAGUGGCUGUUGUGGGGAAUGUGGACGCAGGGAAGUCUACCCUCCUUGGGGUCCUGACUCACGGGGAGCUUGACAAUGGCAGAGGCUUCGCUCGACAGAAAUUGUUCAGACACAAACACGAGAUGGAGAGCGGCCGCACCAGCAGUGUGGGCAACGACAUCCUGGGCUUCGAUCAGGAAGGGCAGGUGGUGAACAAACCAGACAGUCACGGGGGGAGCCUGGACUGGACAAAGAUCUGUGAGAAAUCCUCUAAAAUCAUCACAUUUAUUGACCUGGCUGGACACGAGAAGUACCUCAAGACCACAGUGUUUGGGAUGACCGGGCAUCUGCCUGACUUCUGCAUGCUCAUGGUGGGCAGUAAUGCAGGCAUCGUGGGCAUGACCAAAGAGCACCUCGGACUUGCUUUGGCUCUGAACGUCCCUGUUUUUGUGGUGGUUACCAAAAUAGACAUGUGUCCAGCCAACAUCCUACAAGAGACGUUAAAGUUGUUACAGCGGUUACUGAAGUCUCCCGGCUGUAGAAAAAUUCCAGUUUUGGUACAGAACAAAGACGACGUCAUUGUCACAGCAUCAAACUUCAGCUCAGAGAGAGUGUGUCCAAUUUUCCAAAUCUCAAAUGUGACCGGUGAAAACAUGGACCUGCUGAAGAUGUUCCUGAAUCUGCUCUCGUCACGGACCACUUUUAACACAGAUGAGCCAGCUGAGUUCCAGAUUGACGAUACCUACUCUGUCCCGGGCGUAGGAACAGUAGUAUCAGGGACUACUUUACGUGGAUUGAUACGUCUGAACGACAUGCUCCUCCUCGGUCCGGACCCUUUAGGAACCUUCGCCCCCAUCGCAGUGAAAUCCAUCCACCGAAAGAGGAUGCCCGUGAGGGAGGUCAGAGGAGGGCAAACUGCUUCAUUCGCUCUCAAAAAGAUUAAGCGGUCAGCGAUCAGGAAGGGCAUGGUGAUGGUGUCUCCGAAGCUGCAGCCUCAGGCCACAUGGGAGUUUGAAGCAGAGAUCAUCGUCCUUCAUCAUCCAACCACGAUAUCCCCCCGCUACCAGGCCAUGGUUCACUGCGGCAGUAUCCGACAGACAGCCACCAUCUUGAGCAUGAACAAAGACUGUCUGAGGACCGGAGAUAAAGCUGCGGUUCACUUCAGAUUCAUCAAGACUCCAGAAUAUCUGCACCCAGAACAGAAACUGGUGUUCAGGGAGGGAAGGACCAAGGCUGUGGGCACCAUCACUAAGCUACUUCAGUCGGUUAGCACACAAGCGGCCAAAGCUCAGCAGGCAAAAUCCCAGACCUACAGGAAGAGGGAAGGAACAGCCAAUGAGGAGGCUUCGUCUGCAGCGCGACCAGGAAGUCCCACCUCCUCACAGAUACAGUUGAAGUCAGGGGGCGCUGGUCGCAGGAGAGGAGGGAACAGACAUCGAUCGAAAGGGUUAAGCGUAGCGCCUAUGUCCACACCUGUGUCCACUGGAGCCGGGACUGCCUAAAACCAACUGAUCAAUAACCUGGACCACUGUGCCUUUAAAACCACAACCAAUGAAUAGCCAAUAACCAAGACUACUGUGCCUUUUACAAGAACAGACAAAGAGCGAGGAAAAACAUACAAUAGGCCCUUUUCACGCUGUUGUAUGGCUAGUUCUGGUUCUUGCAAAUGUGCCAAUCUGCUCUUGCUGCACCAUCCUUUCCUUUUCUAUGAGGAAUUAGCUGAGUUGUGCUAAAAUAAAUCAUCAAGACACAGAUGGCAUGUUAAGACCUUUAUUAUAACAGAUGAAACUUCUGUGUGUAAUUUGUGUCUUGAAGCUAAUACUAACUGAAAUUAAAAUUAAAUACUGAUGAUAAAAUAGUGCUACAAUCUGAAUUAUCUUACAAUGAAAAACAAUUGACUUAGAUGUAUUUUUUAUACAGUUGUUUAUGUUGUAUUUUGAGAUUUUAUUCAGGUUAACGCUGGCUUUGAGACUCACAUACCAGCUUCACUAAACACAGAAGUUUCCUCCAGUGAAGUAUUUACAUUGUAGUAAAGAUCUUAACAUGUUGUCUGUGCUCAUCCAUAUGUAACUUGGUUUCUGCGUAGAGACAUUUAGAAAUUGAUUUAUUUUAGCACGGCUGGGCUAAUUAACAAUACACAAUGAAUAGAGCGGGAAAGAGCAUACCUGCGCUUUUUAGACAACCAGAACUAUCCAGACAGCAGUGUGAAAAGGGCCCAUGCUGAAAAACCCUCUGAGCAGGAACAAAUGUUUAAUGCAUUUUUAGGGCUGCCAUGAUGAGUCUGCUCAUAAUCUGCACAGUUGGUCAGUUGGUUGGAGAGUUUUACCAAAUUUGACCCAGAUGAAGCUUAAAAUAUAUAUAGCGGGUUUUUAUAUUGUGUAAUUAUUUGGUUUGGUUGUGAAUAUAUAAUAAUUCUCUUAGUUUUACAUCAGUUAAGUGGCAGUUUGUGGAAAAAAGUUGAAAAAUAAAAGUUGGAAAUGAAAGUUUCAUCCAAAAUGCAGCAAUAAUUUAAGUACAAGGGACACGUUUCUUCUAACAGCUUAAAGAUUAAUUUAAGAAGAUACGUGUCAAAUAACUAUUGUGUAAAUUAGACAAGCUUUGGCUCUUGUUAACUUUGCUGUUGCUAGGUAACAGUUAUGGAUUUACCUCUAUGUCACAUCUGCUGCCCGUGUCCAACCAGGAUGUAAAAUUAUAAACUUCACUUCAAGUGGUCAAAUUUGGGAAAACUAGGAAUGAUUUUUGGUAAAAUGUUAAAUAUAAUGAUCUUAACUACAUUUUAGUAAAAUGAUUACACACAAAGUUGUUUUUUCAAUAAUAACACUAAAUGUCCAUGUUUCUUGCUGCUCUGUAAUAACUAGAUCUGUCACAAUACCAAAUUAUGAAGCAUCAAAUAUUGCAACAGAAAAAUAACAUGAUACAAGAUAAUAUUGAAACUACUUUAAUACCAUUGACACAGAAACUCAGAAAAAGGUUCCCUGGGAUUAUCUUGGUUUUAUAAGUUGUAAAAAUAUAGCCAGCAAUAAAAAAAUAGCACAAUUAAACACUUUUAGGGAUUGCUCUAUGACACCUUGGAUACUACAACUAACCAAUCAAUCAGUAUCACUUUAUUUAUCCCAGAGGCGCAGUUUAAGCACAAUGAGCAGUAAAAUACAAUAAUAACAGAAAGCUCAAACAAAAGUCCAUGCAGCUCAACAUGUAGAGUCAUAAGAUUCUGUUUCAGGGCACCUUGAAUAAGAGAGGUGAGGUGAAUAAGGGACCUCAGGACAAAAGUGUCCCUCCUCUUCGUGAGUCUGAAAGAUCGUUCUAUCAUGUACUGAAUGAUUGAAGUCGGUAUAGUAAUUAUCUUGACAGGUCUAGUUAUAACUUGCUAUGGUCACUCUCCUUGGCUCAAAAAGUUUUAGGUUUAGGUAAAUUGGUAUCAUGUUUCUUGGACUGUUAAGGGCACACGAUCAAUCAGCAGUCUAUUUGUUUUAUAUUUAGUUUUAACCAUCUCAGUAUUUAAAAAAAAACAAAUUAAAAACCCCAAGAUUGAUCUGUAUCUGUUAUGUCCAAAAAAGGUCUCAUCUCAAAUUUUGUGAACUCGUGUCAUCUGAAACUGUGCCAAGCUAAGUGUCUCUUUUUUGUAGGCAGACCCUGUUUCCUGUCACUAAGAGUUCAUGUUUUUGGGCUUAUUUUUCUAAACCAUUUGAUUCUAGAGUUUAUAAAAGAGCACAAAUGCCAAAGCCCACCCCUUUUAAGACCUAUUUUCUUAAACAUGAAAGAAACAUUUUGUGAGUUAAAAAAACCUGUACAGAAGCUGCGGUUGAUGAUGCAGCGACGUUUGUGUUGUAAAGGAUUUUAAAUAAAGAUGUCAUAGAAAAAAAUGUC